AAACCAACUUGGGAAUUUUAAAAAUUUGAGAAAGUUGGAUUUGUCAAUAAACUCAAUCUCUAGUUCAAUACCAACAUCCAUAGGAGAGCUUUCAUCCUUAAAAUUUUUAGACCUCUCAUAAAACAAAUUCAAAGGAAACCUUUCUGAGUCAUUUGGUUAGCUUUCCAAUUUAGAAGUUGUUGAUAUCUCACAUACUUUUUUGGAGGGUACUCUUUUGGAGAAACACUUUUUAACCUCACAAAAUUGUUAACUUUAUCUGCAAAUCAGAAUCCAUUGAUUUUGAAGGUUGAUCCUAGUUGGAUUCCUCCCUUUCGAAUUAAAGACUUAGAAUUAGGAUCUUGGCAUUUAGGACCACAAUUUCCACAUUGGCUUUCUUCUCAAAGACACCUAGAAUCUUUAGAUACAUCCAAUUCUAGAAUCUCAAGUAUUAUCCCUAGUUGGUUUUCUAACUUCUCUCAUCCAGUGAGUUUUUUGAAUCUCUCUCACAAUCAAAUUCAUGGGCAGCUUCCAAGUAUUUCUACCUUCAACAAUUCAUCAUCUCAAAUCUUUUACCACCUAACUUUCUUAGACCUUUCUAAUAAUCUUAUGUCAGCUUUAAAGACCCUCGAUUUUGGUGAGAAUGAAUUGGUUGGAACAUCCCAUCAUGGAUGGGUCAAAACCUUCUAAAUUUAAUAAUCUUGAGACUACGUUCAAACAAAAUUUUUGGGCAUAUCCCUAGAGCGAUAUGUGCACUCAAUUUUCUCCAAGUCUUGGACAUUGCUCAUAAUAGGCUUUCAAGAAGCUUACCAAGUUGCAUUAGUGAAGCUUACCAAGUUGCAUUAGUAACUUAAGUGCCAUGGUUUAUUUUGUAAAUGGCUUAUUUGGAAACAACAUUAAGUACAGUAUUAACAUAUCAAAUUUUAUUGAGAAUGUAUUUCUUGUGAUGAAAGGCCAGUUUUAUGAAUAUGAUAAGACUCUUAAUUUAGUAAGAGUCCUUGAUCUAUCGGAUAAUAGCUUAUCAGGAGAUAUCCCUUGGCAAAUAACUAGGGUUCAAGGGUUGCAAUCAUUGAAUUUAAUGCACAACCUUCUCAUUAAAAGGAUCCCUCCAAAUAUUGGUGACAUGAGUUCACUAGAAUCUCUUGAUCUUUCUGUAAACAAAUUGCUUGGGUCAAUUCCUGAAAGCAUGUCCAGAUUGUCAUUUCUAAGCUAUUUGAACUUGUCUGACAACCAACUGACUAGAAAAUUACCUUUAAGUACUCAGUUACAGAGCUUUGAUGUGUCUUGCUAUGCUGGAAAUGAACUUUCUGGCCUUCCACUAAUGGUUAAUUGUAGUGAAGUUAAUCAAAGAGUACCUAACACUGGAAAUAAUGGAGAGAAAGGUACGGAUGGAGCUAAGGUGAAUUGCUUGUUUGUUAGCAUGGCACUUGGGUUUAUUUCGGGAUUCUGGGGUGUAUUGAGUCCUCUAGUGAUUAGUAAGCAAUGGAGGUAUGCAUAUUAUCAAAAUCUAGAUGAUAUGUGGUGGAAAGUCAGUGAUUAUGGGAAUACAUUUUUCAAAAAUCUUAUGUAGUUUUCUUUACAAGUGUAUUUCUCUUCCUGUUCUCGUGAUAUGUUACAAAGAAAAAUGUAUUGUUUGGACUUUCUGUUAUGUGUAAUGACGCCGUAAAAUAAUUAAAUACUAUAUAAGAAAAAUAUUUGCAAAUU